AUGGACUCACCUGCCAGUACAGACGACGCAGCUAACGACUCUAGCUUUGAGCCCGAUUUGCCUUCAUUCUCGAUCAGGCUGAGCCAGAGCGGAGACUCCGAGGCGAAUUUCCGGACUGAGGACGACCCAGAAGACCCCGACCAACGACCCAACGUGAUCCAGAGACGCGGAAUCUUCUACGUCGACUGCUUCUGCAUGGAUAUUGUGCAUGGGUACUAUUCGGCCGACCCGGAUAGCGAGAUCCUCGCCAGUGUGAUCGUCCUCAAGUUUCGGUUUGAACCGCUCGAGCAGGGCCACCGCAUCAAGAAAGUCGACAUCAAGGUCACGUUCACGCCCAAGAAUGGUGAGGACCCGAAGCCGUGGAUCGACCGGAUGCAUCCCGUGGGCUUUUUCAGCGUCCAGCCGACCACGCAACACGAGACGGUGAACACCUCCGUGGGGAGCAAAGUCGGUGCAAAUGUGACCGGGGUCGAAGCCGGAGGCGAGCUGAGGCGCGAGAAGAAAGUGGAAAGAGACACAUCCGAUGCCACCACGGUACAGGGUUUCAUCCUGACCGAGGGUCGCACCUACGGCAAGCCCAACAGCGUGUCGUGGAUUUUGCGCGAGAACCAGACCACCAAGGCCGGAGUGCCGACGAGCAUGCAGGCCGCCAUCUUGCUCGGACGCACCGACCUGUCCAAGUUUGAGGCCCACUUCACUGUGAAGAUCUACCCGAACUGGUUGGCCUCAGCCUUGUCCUUCAUGAAGUCCAGUCCCCGGGACGAUCCCGUCACGUUCGAUCCCCGGAGAAAACCGACCAACAAGCUACAGGUGUAUGACACGAAUGACUUAGGGAACUCGGUGAAAGUGAACCUAGAAAAACUGUCGGACGUAACGGUGACCACCGUGGUGAAUGAUGCCGUCAAAGAAAAGAAGCCGGAGAACAAAUGA